CAGACGGGAAAAGUCAGUCAGCCACAGCAAGAGAAGUGAAAUAAUUUCGUAAACCUUUUUAUUCCGUAUCGCUGUGCUCGUUUUACAAUUUUUAAAGUGCCACCAUCAGAUUCUGUUAAGAAAAGAUUAUCAGUUUCCCGAACUGUGAACCCAAGUGAACCGUGUAUGUGCGUGCUUUAAUUCGACUACAUAUCUCCGUUUAUGGCGUCGGGUAUUUCUGCGUUUGCCAGCAGAAAAAAAUAUCUCACCUCGAAAUUAUUGAUGGAAGCUGCACAAGUUGAGAAAUUUCGCUGCACUCGUGCAGUCUCGAACUGAGACAUAAGUCAAGACAGGUGAAGAAAGAAAACGGAGAAAAAACAGUACCUGAGCCCCGUUUUAUGGUAGUGGUUUUUUGGGUUCGUUUUCUGCGCACUGUGAAUACGGAUUUGGCUAAGCAAGAGCGAAGAAAGCAAACCUCGGUCGGGGUCUCAAACUCAACCAAAUUUACACGCAUAGCCACAACCACGCGGAGUAAACAACGCUGUUUCCUAGCUUCGAUUGGUUGAGUAAGGCGACACUUUGUGCAACACACAUUGGGCUAAUAACCAGAAUACGAAGGACGGAAGCGGUUAUGGAAUUUAGUUGUGAUUUAGGUUGAGCUACUUCAGAGAAAAAACAAGCUGCUUGUCUGCGCUAUACCUGCAUCACAAUGGGAUUACUCUUCGCCAAAAUCUGGAGUUUGUUCGGAAAUGAAGAACACAAACUGGUGAUGGUCGGCUUAGAUAACGCCGGCAAAACCACCAUCCUGUACCAGUUUCUGAUGAAUGAAGUUGUACACACCAGUCCGACGAUCGGAUCCAACGUGGAAGAGAUCGUGUGGAAAAAUAUUCACUUCCUUGUGUGGGAUUUGGGCGGUCAGCAGAGCUUACGGGCAGCAUGGAGUACCUAUUACACAAAUACAGAGUUUAUCAUAAUGGUUAUCGACUCAACCGACCGGGAGCGGUUAGCAGUGACGAGAGAAGAGUUGUACAAAAUGUUGCAGCAUGAAGACUUAACCAAGGCUAGUUUGUUAGUUUACGCCAAUAAGCAGGAUCUAAAAGAAUCAAUGAGUGCAGCUGAAAUUUCCAAACAAUUGGACCUGACCUCAAUCAAAAAGCACCAGUGGCACAUACAGUCAUGCUGUGCGUUAACCGGUGAAGGACUCUACCAGGGUCUCGAGUGGAUAGCUCAAAGGAUUAAAAAGAAAUGACACCCUCCCGAGUAAGGCAGCUCAGUGCCGUUGCAGUUCGCCGGCAGUUUUUCGUCGUCGGCUUGACUGAACCUCUAAUCGAGCAUAUGCGCUGCAAUCUGAGAAAAAAAGUCAAUCGACGCGUCGGCCACCCGAGAAAAGUGAGAGUUGGAAGCUAAUCAAGAUUGAUCCCUAACCUCUGUAUACAAAUACACACACAGACACAUACACAACUAGAAGAAAAAUCAACAUUACUGUAACAAAUUGCGACACACGCAGUAACAAAUUACUCAUAAACCUGUUGAAGUGAGACAAAACAAGAAACGUAACUGAGAACUACCUACUCGAUUGUGCAUCGAUGUGUAUGGUUGAUGAUAAUACUUUAUUAGAAUAAUAUCCUACCCCCGUUUUUCCUUCCCCCGUUCGCCGUUGAUGACGCGAGCCGGUGUACGUAAGUUGAAAUUUUGUAAAAUAGGAGGGCGAUAAACCAUACCCACGUAGAGAGACAGAAAUGAACGAUUGAUGGCAGUGCGCUGUAACGAAUUAAGCUUUAGUAAAAAAACCUAUAGGGGUUAAGCCCCUAUAUGGUCCUCAUUUUCCUUGCCCCGGCAAAGUCCCCUCCCCUAUAGCCCUGUAUUCCCGAUUCAUAGAUAAGUGUUUUAUUUCCGAAAUAUAAUUUAAUGCUAGGACCGUGAAAACGUUCCGAAAAAAGGCGAAACAACAUUAGGAGAGGUAAAAAAACGAAGAGAGAAAAUAUACUUACAUCAUGAGUUAAUAAAAAAGCUGUAAAA